UUCGACUCGGCCGGGCGUCGGGAAGGAGUCGCGCGCGAUGGGCCGCAGCCGCUCCCGGUCGCCUCCGCGGAGGGAACGCCGGCGUUCCAGAUCCACCUCACGUGAAAGAGAGAGGAGGAGACGGGAGCGAUCAAGAUCUCGAGAGAGAGACAGAAGGAGAAGUCGUUCUCGUUCUCCACACAGACGAAGAUCUAGAUCUCCUCGGCGGCAUAGAUCCAAUUCUGCUUCUCCUUCCCGGCAGAAAGAAAGGCGAGAGGAUGAGAAGAAGGACAGCAAAGACAAAGAGCAUCAAAUCACAGAAGAAGACCUGGAAGGCAAAACAGAAGAAGAAAUUGAAAUGAUGAAAAUGAUGGGAUUUGGCUCAUUUGACACCACAAAGGGCAAGAAAGUGGAUGGGUCUGUAAACGCUUAUGCUGUCAACGUGUCCCAGAAACGGAAAUACAGGCAGUACAUGAACAGAAAAGGUGGAUUCAAUAGGCCCCUGGACUUUAUUGCCUGAUGUGUCUGCAGCUGUUACCGAUAAAAAAACUCCACCGAAGUCUCAUCUGUCUGGCUAAGAGGUUCUAUCUUCUCACCCAAAAAGAGUUAGGGUCUUUGUGAAUAAUUCUUUGAAGUUACAUUUCCUAGGUUGAAAUGGUAUUUUCCCCCCUCUCAAAUGUAUCUUUUGCACAGAGUGGUUUUUCUGAUGUUGUUAUUCCACGUUUAUAGGUUUCCUCUUUUAAAUAUUGUCAAUUAAAUUAAAAAGAAACA